UGCAUGUGAGCGGCAGAGGAUCUGGAGAUAGAGGUGAGUUUGGGACUUCAUGGCUUCCACACUGGUACUCCUGCUUCCGAUGCUCCUGGCCUCGCUGGCCUCUGCGUCACAUCACUUUGGGGGAAGCGCUACCUACACCUACAAAGGAAGAAACCCUGAUGGGACAUUUAAAGUGGACUUUCGCAACCGGGCAACCUUUGAUGGGUGUCAGUACUCCCAUGACUGGUAUUGUUACAACGGCAACUGUGGCAGCAACCCCAGCAAUCAAGUAGGCGUACUUGACAGUAGCACCAAUGCACCCCAAUAUAACAGGGAAUGGUGUGAAACUGAAACAGUCAGUACGAGAAAUGUCCCAACUGACAGACCUUUUCAAAUGAGGGCAGACAGCUGUUGUUGGAUCGCAAAUCGUAAUGGGCUUUCUAAUUGGAGACUACUGACUUCAGUGGAUUUGGGAUCAAGAUCUGACACCGGAGAACCCAACCACUCACCUGACAUUGCCAUUCUACCUUUCCUACGAGUUCCCCAGAACUGCCCACGGACAUACAAGCUGAUGUCCUUUGACCCUGAUGGCGACAGAGUUCGAUGCAGAUAUGGAAGUGUCAGUGAUGGAGAGUGCAGCACGUGUAACCAACCCUCAGGCUUUAUCUUAGAUGAGGGCUCUUGCUCAUUACACUACCUCAACUCCAAUGCUGACCCCAGCCCUUAUGGAUUUGAGUUGGUGGUGGAGGACUUCCCGCAAAGGCAAAUUACUCUGGCCUACACUGAUGGGGGCAGAGACUCCAGGGCUCCACUGACAGUGAGGAGAAAGAGACAGGUCUCCAUUGUACCAUCAUGGGGGUCUUGGGGGCAAAUUACAUCUGGACCCACAACUGCAGCACAAACCACAACCCCAUGGUGGGGCUGGUGGUAUCCUACAACUACAACCCCACCCACAACUCCAAGGUGGUAUACUACAACUGCACCACCUGCAACUACUACAGUCUACACGUACACAACGUACCCUAGCACCACAAGAAACCUGCACGCCACCACUCCUCCUCUCAGUAAACUACCUUUGCAAUUCUCCUUACUUGUGGACCCACCUGCUCCCUCAUGUCAGGUGGGACACUACUUGCCUCAGUUUGUGCACCCUACACCUGGAAAUGGAGUACGCAUCCAAGCAGAGAUCAGUAAAGAAGUGGAGAUCAGAGUCAAAGCACAAGCUGCAUACGCAACAAUACAAGAUAUCAUCAUCACUGGGCCACUGAAUAUCAGCAAGCACAGGACCUCAUAUGACGAGUUUGCCAUUAAGUGGUCGCCUAACCUGGAUGACCUGGGACACCAUUACCCAAUCUGCUUUGCUGUUGAAUCAGUGACCGGAUCUGCUGGAACCCCUCUUCCAGGCACAACCCUCAGUUACCAUUACCACCCCUCCCCAUCCUCACAGUCUGGGGUCUAUCAGUCCGAGAUGAGGUGUGUUCUGGUUGACGUCCGGAAGGAGCAAGUAAAAUCCCACGUGAGCUGCGGCGAGUCCACAAUGACGGUAGAGGUUGAGAAAUCUUCGUUCCGUGGACUCAGUGAGGACCAUUUGCGGCUCAGUGACCCCAGCAACACCGCCUGCAGCCUCCAGAGCUACUCCAACAGCACUCACAUCAUCGCCGUCGUCCCCCUCAACGCUUGCGGCACUCAGAUCGAGGAAGAUGAGGAAAACCUGAUCUUCAAGAAUGAAAUCACCACGGUCGACAGCACAGAGUACCUGAUCACCAGGAAGAACCAGCUGGAGGUGCAGUUCUACUGCCAGUACCCCAAAAGUGGGAAUGUGUCACUGGGCUUCACGGCGCACAGGAAGAACGUCACAGUGUGGGAGAAAGGCUUCGGCACGUUCACCUACCAGUUUGAGUUCUAUCCCAACGCCCAAUUCCAAACCCAGAUCGAUCCAAAUGAUUACCCUCUGGAGUACGACAUAGGGAGCCGGAUUUACAUGCAGAUAGAGGCCACCACCUCCGUCGAAAACACUGAGCUGUUUGUGGAGUCCUGCAGAGCGGCACCAUAUGACAACCCAAACUACUGGCCAACCUACCCCAUCAUUGACAACGGGUGUAAUGUGGACCCGACUGUUGAAAUCCAUUCCCCUGCCCACCAGAGACAAUUCCAGUUCAGCAUGGAGGCCUUCAAGUUCAUCGGUGUGUACAUCAGCUGUUCAGUGCUGAUAUUGGCGGCAGGGCGCCCCGGCACCAGCUGCUCACGGGGAUGCCUCAACUCCACAUCAGCCGGUCACCAACAACACCACCCGAAGGAGAGGCUGCCACUCAGACUGCGAGCCACUUCAUUUCCCAGGGUCCUCUAA